AUGAGUCUUUCUUUAUUCGGGUUGGGCCUACUGAAGAAGGUUGGUCCUAUCAUUUGGCAUCUUUUAAUGAGUUGACUCUGUUGCAGCGAAGUCUGUGUUUCCCUUACUGAAUCGGUUAUGGCAAAGUGUGGUUCGUGGAAUGGAAUGGUUUCGGAAACCCUUACCCCUGACAACUAUGAGGAUUGGAGCAUUAUGGCGAAGAACUAUCUGGUGAGCCAAGAUCUGUGGAGUAGCGUUAUUGAAGAUGCUGGAACAGCACCCGAUUAUUCCUCCGAACAAUGGAAGAAGAACAAAACGCCAAGGCUUUGCACAUUAUUCAGAUGUCUUGCGGAUCCGAAACUUUCUCUCAGAUCAAAGAAACCACAACGGCCAAAAGUGCCUGGAAUACCUUGGCCUCCUUGUACAAGUCUAGACUUGGAGCUACUGCUGACAUAGAGCAAGGAUUGCCUUUACUUCAUAGAGGUGUACAAAGAGGCGAUUGGGAUACUGCAAGCACAUUCGUGAACAACAAUCGGAAAGCAAUGUAUGAGGCUUCAAAAUUGGGGAAGACGGUUGUUCACGUUGCAGUUCUCACUGGACAAGAGGAUAUGGUGGAAAAGUUGGUAAACAAAGUGCCAAAACGGCUUCUGUUGGAACGCGAUACAAGAGGGUAUACGGCGCUGGCUCUUGCUGCAGAGUUGAGUGACACUAUCUCUGUGGCCAAAUGCAUGGUUGAUAGGAACAAAGACUUGUUAACAAUCAAGACUAACGAGGGGUUGAUACCGGUUGUGCUUGCUGCUGUUAAAGGCAACAAAAAUAUGGCCAAGUAUUUGUUUAGUGAAACUCCUGUGAAGGUGUUCAACGAGGACAGCGGCUACACCACUGCUUUACUUCUUACCAGAUGCAUCACUAGUCAGAUAUUUGAUGUUGCAUGGAAGCUGCUGAAAAAUAAUCCAAGAAUACCCCUCACCAUGAAAUUUGAUGGUGUUAGUCCUUUAUUUGCAUUGGCUCAGCAACCAUCUGCAUUUCCCAGUGUAAAUCCACCUAAUUUCUGGCUACAAUGGCUUUACAAUGCCAUACCUGAAACCUAUGUGGAGGAAGUUGAUUCGAUUAACACUAGAAUGCAUAUGAACGACGAAGAGGAAAGAGGGAAUACUAAACCAGGUCUCUUCUUUUGUGUGAUUACCAAACUUCUUAAUCUUCCUGGUCUCUUCUUUUGUGUGAUUACCAAACUUCUUAAUCUUCCUGGGAUAAGAAAGACAUACAAGAAAAGAAUGACUCACUAUCGUGCAGUUAAGAUCCUUGAUAACAUGGCUAAAGGAAUCAUGGGUUUUGAUGAAGCAAAGCUGAAAGAGGCGUCAGUUUAUGAGUCCCUAUUGGAAGCAUCCAAAAGUGGAAUUGCUGAGUUCAUAAUCAAGUUGACUCAGGCUAAUCCUGAUCUUUAUUGGGUUAUUGAUGAAAAUCAAAGAGGAAUAUUUUCAUAUGCCAUUUUGUAUCGUCGUGAAAAAAUUUUCAACCUCAUAAAAGGUUUGAAAGGACAAGGAAAGGUGAUCAUUUCUCGCACAGAUAUAUUUGGUAACAAUAUGUUGCAUUUGAUAGGGACAUCAGUGCCUAUAGCCGAGCUUGAUCGCAAAUCUGGUCCAGCUUUGCAAAUGCAAAGAGAACUUCAAUGGUUUAAGGCGGUGAAAAGAAUUUUGCAUCCAAAGUUUCAACAAGCUGUAAAUGGAGAUGGCAUGAAGCCUAAAGAAGUAUUUACUAAAAAACACGAGGAGCUAUUGAAGGAUGCAGAAAAAUGGGCUAAGGAGACAGCAACAUCCUUCACAAUAGUGGGGACUCUUAUCAUAACCAUUGUGUUUGCAGCAGCAUUCACUCUUCCUGGAGGAAACGACCAAACUACUGGCAUUCCUAUCUUUUUACACAAAAGAAUGUUCACAACUUACAUGGUGUCUGAUGCUAUCUCACUUUUUGCUUCCUCCACUGCUGUCAUGAAUUUUAUUGGAAUUCUCACAUCUCGUUAUGCUGAAAGGGAUUUUAGUAAAUCCCUGCCACUAAAGUUGAUGUUUGGACUUUUCACACUCAUAUGUUCAAUCCUUGCUAUGAUGGUUGCAUUUUGCUCUGCCUUUUCUUUGAUGCUGCGGGAUUCAGGGCAUUUCAAGAUAGUGAGAUUUGUCAUCUCCAUUGCAAGUUUGUCUGUGGCCAUAUUUCUACCUAUCCAACUACAUCUCCUGCUUGAGAUUUUUAAUUCUACCUUCAGAUCAGAGAUACUAAAUAUCAAGAAAAUCUAAGCUUAUACAAGUGUACUAGUAGCUAAUGUAAAAAGAAAUUUGCCUUUACUUUAAAAGGUUAUAGAUCAUUCAUACUACUUUGAAAUUCAAAGACAAGACACUAAUAUUUUGCGUCUAUGGUUGACGAUGAAGUUGGAAGCUUUUCUGUUUCUAGAAUGAGGGUAGGGGGCGAGAAGCUAGUGCGGGCUGUGGAUAAGAUCGUGGAAAACGCCCGUAAGGAUAUGAAAGAGGUAGAACCCCAGUUCCUAGAAUUCCAGCAUAGUCUAAAGCGACUAGUAGAAGACCUCACUCUUCUACUUGGACCCUUAUCCUCUUCCACCCCUUUCGAGAUCAAUCUUCGCCGUAUGCUUCGCCAGACUUUGAACAGGAUACGAAAUCAUCUGAUUUGUCAUGUCGCUAGAAUUAGAAGCACCGUUUCUCAUCUGAUUUGUCAGGCAAGCCCAGUUGAUGGGGUCCAAGCCCAGGCCCACAUAUAUGGCCGGAAUCAUGAUUAUGGCAAGAUUGUGGAGUUUCUUUGUAGCCAAGCACAAACACAUGCCUCUCACAUCCUUUCCAUCUAUCCCAUUGUUGGCAUGUCUGGGAUUGGAAAAACAACACUUGCUCAAUUGGUAUACAAUCAUCAACGGGUAAGUACCCAUUUUGAUGUAAGAAUUUGGAUUUCUUUUUCUGCCAAUUUCUCUGUCAAGAAGAUUCUGUGUUCCAUUAUAGAUUCUGUUGCACAAGAAAAGUAUGAUCACUACGAUUUAGAUGUAGUGGAAAGAAAAGUGCGAGACCUUUUGCAAUGGAAAAGGUACUUGCUUGUUUUAGAUGAUCUUCACCUCGUAUAUGGUGAACUGAACGAGUUGAAAUCUAUGUUGACUCGAGGAUCAAAAGGUUCUUGCAUUUUGGUAACUACUCUCUUUAAGGAGGUUGCGCAAGUCAUGGGAACAUUCGGACCUCAUCACUUGACUCCUCUAUCAGAGGACCACUGUUGGUCAGUUUUCAAACAAUAUGCAUUUAGACCUGGCGAACAAGAGCCUGAAGUUCUUAAACGAAUAGGCAAAGAAAUAGUAAAAAAGUGUGAGGGAUUGCCUCUUGCUGCACAAGCAUUGGGAGUUCUAAUGCGCUCAAUGAAUAAGGAACAUGAAUGGCUUAGAGUUGUACAUAAUUGGUCAUGGCAUUCUGAACCUGAGCUUGGUAAUUCUGCUUUGACUUCUUUGAGCUUGAGAUAUUCCAAUUUAACCCUAUGCUCAAGGCUUUGUUUUACUUUCUGUGCCAUAUUUCCCCAAAUACAGAAAUUAUGAAGGAUGAUUUGAUUCAUCUAUGGAUGGCAAAUGGGUUUAUUUCAUCCGACGGGAACUUGGAGGUUGAACAAGUUGGCGACAUAAUAUGGAAUGAAUUGUACCACAAAUUAUUCUUCACAGAUGUCAAGACAGAUGAUUAUUCAGGGGACAUAUCUUUCAAGAUGCUUGGUCCUGUCCAAGAGUUUGUUGAGUCCACUAAGAGCGGAGACUGUGUGAUUUUGGAUAAUUAUAACAAGACUUCUUUGUCAGCAACGACACUCCAUGUUAGUUUUGGUUCUGAUUUGUUAUUAUUCAGUAAGGGAACCUUACAAAGAGCUGAAAACUUGCAAACAUUAUAUCAGUUUGAGUUUGCAUUUCAUAACACAACCUCUGGUUGUUUUCUAACAAACUGUUAUCUUCGGGUUUUAAGAACAAGUUAUUUAGAGUUAUCAUCACUCAGGAACUUAAUUUGUUUGAGGUAUUUGGAGCUUUAUGGUUUUCAAAUAAAAAGCCUCCCUGACUCAAUUUAUAGCCUGAAAAAGUUGGAAACAUUGAAAUUGACAUCCUGUCGUAAACUUAUGUGUCUACCAAAGUACUUGACUCGCUUACAGAAUCUUAGGCAUUUUGUCAUCAGUGAAUGUCCUUCAUUAUCUCGCAUGUGCCCAAACAUGCACAAAUUAUCUUGUCUAAGAACAUUAAGUUUAUUCAUUGUUAGUUCAAAGAAGGGGCACAAAUUGGAAGAGUUAAGGGGCCUAAACCUCGGAGGAAAACUAUGCAUUGAAGGCCUAAAAUAUGUUGGCAGUUUAUAUGAAGCAGAAGGGGCCAAUUUGAUGGGUAAAACAAAAUUACAUGAGUUAUCCUUGUCAUGGGACAGCUGUGGUGAACCUAAGUCAAAUGCUACAAUGAAUGUUGAGGAAGUACUUGAAGCACUUCAGUCUCCCCCAAAUCUUAAGACAUUGAGAAUAUAUGAUUAUGAAGGAUCACGCUUGCCGAGUUGGAUUCAAAAGCUCAAAAGUUUAGUUACUCUUGAACUUUUUGAUUGCAAAAUGUGUCAGCAACUUCCACAACUUGGUAAACUACCCUUCUCAAAAGGCUUGAAAUAUUUUCUAUGGAUGAUGUGCAAUACAUGGAUGAUGAUGAAUCUUGCCACGGUGUGGAAGAGUGUUUCCCAUCUUUGGAGCAACUCAAUGUUUGAGGGUUACCAAACUUAAAACACUUGUUGAAAGUGGUGGAAAGAUCUAUCAUCUUUGCUAGAGGGAAUGCUUAGAAACCUUUCUGGAGGUGAAGAUCUAUCAUCUUUGCUAGAGGGAAUGCUUAGAAACCUUUCUGGAGGUGAAGAUCUAUCAUCUUUGCUAGAGGGAAUGCUUAGAAACCUUUCUGGAGGUGAAGAUCUAUCAUCUUUGCUAGAGGGAAUGCUUAGAAACCUGGCGUGUCUUAAAACUAUGAUAUUGUAUGAUUUCCCGAAACUGAAGGUAUUGUCAGAUGAACUCCUCAAACUAAAUGCUAUGGAGCGUUUAGAAAUCAAAUGGUGUGGUGAUCUUAUGUCUUUACCGGAGCAAGAAGGCUGGUCAGGUCUGUUGUCUCUUCGUUAUUUGGAGAUUGCUUACUGUGGAAGAUUCACAUCCUUGCCAGAAGGUGUUAGACAAGUCACAUCUCUUGAGGUUCUCAAAAUUGAAUUCUGCCCAGAUUUGGAGAAAAGAUGCAAAAAGGGAACAGGAGAGGACUGGAACAAGAUAGCACACAUUCCACAAGUAAUUUUGUUGCAAUAGUAUGAGGAUGAACCAAUCUUUUGUCAACCUCAGCAUAUGGUACUCGAGUCUUGUCUCUUCGACUAUGUGAAUGUGACUAGUGUGCAAAUUAGUGGUGUUCGAAGCUUGCUGAGGAGCGGAAUUCCUUUUCUCCGUUCAUCCUUCUCCUUCUCCAUUUUUCUUCCAUUGUUUUCUCUUCCCGGAGUUCGGAAUCUUCUCACCGAGACAAUGACUAGAACCAACGAGCAGAGAGCCCGUGCCAUGGAGAUGAUGGCUAUGGCUAUGCAACAGCAGAAUGCCUACUUUGCUAGGAUGGAUACUGAUAGAGCUGCAGCUGGUGCAGCAAGGCCAGUUGGGUCACAGGAGAGCCGGGAUCUUGCUGAGUUUCGCAAGUGUCAUCCUCCGCAAUUUAAGGGUGAUGCAAAUCUAGAGGUAGCUGACCACUGGAUCUGUGAGCUAGAGAAGAUCUUCACUGUGUUGGAAUGUUCUCAGGAGAGGAGGUUGGCAUAUGCCGUCUACAUGCUGGUUGGAGAGGCUGAACAUUGGUGGAGGGGUACCCACCACAUGUUGGUUGCUAGAGGAGUUUCUGUUGACUGGGAGUGCUUCAAGAGGGUAUUUCUUGAGAAAUACUUCCUAGAGAGUGUGAGGCACGCCAAGGAGGCUGAAUUCAUGCAGUUGCACCAAGGAGGGAUGUCAAUUUCCGAUUAUGCGAUGAGAUUCGAGCACCUGACUCUUUUAUUCGCAAGCUAUUUUUGAGGCUUGGAAAUGCAGGAAGUUUACUGAGGGUCUGAGACAAGAGCUGAAGAGGGUGGUGGUGCCUAUGGCCAUCACUGAGUUUCCGGCCUUGGUUGAGAAGGCGAAGGUUGUUAAGCGGUUGGAAGGUGGCAACCGUGUGAUGAAAACUGUUGAGGGACCAGCUGGGUCCAAGAAAGGUGGAGGUCAGAGGAAGCCAUUAGGAAACCUGUUGAUACUGCUCGAGGUGGGAAACAUGGUGGAGGUGCCACUCUCAAGUGUUACAGGUGUGCAAGACCCCAUUUUGUUCGAGAUUGUCCACACACGGAGAGCCGGUGUUUCAGGUGUCAUUAGAUGGGUCAUGAGUCGACUAACUGUCCCACCAGAAACAGAUCGGAUAGGGGUGCUCUAAGAGGUGAUAGACCUGCUGCUGCGGGGAGGGUAUUCGCCUUGAUUAGGGCUGAAGCUUUUACUUCUUCUGAUCUUGUGAAGGGGAAUGGUAAAACUGCUGUUUGAACUGCAAUGAUCAUACUAUGUAUGAGAGCAGAGCAAGGAUGGGUUGGUAUCUUGAGGCAGGUCUGCAACUGGCAAAUGGAGUGAAUAUUUGAUGUUUUGUUGUUUUGACUACUUAUUGUAGCUAUUUUGAUGUAUUUUGUACAUUGAUUUGAGCUGCAGGCUAGACAUAUGUGUAUAUACUUUAUAUUAUAUAUGUAUGUUUUAUUCUGUGUGAUGCUGUGUAGUUUGUUGUGUGACGGUCAGGCAGGUCGUUACAACUAGUGUUUGGCUUGCUUGUUGCAUUCAUAGGUGGACAGAAUGUAGACUCAGCUUGUGUGAACAUUAGCAGUAUUUUCUCGAAUUUGCAUUGUUUUAUUUAUUUGUCUAUAUUGGCGGGAUGUUGA